AUGGAACUGCCGGACCCCUAUCUCCCCGGAUCAAUCAGUCUUUUCGAUCAACUCGAUAAAAAAAUGCUUGUAGUGCUACGAGACGGCCGGAAAUUGAUAGGAUAUCUCAGAUCCAUUGACCAAUUCGCUAAUCUUAUAUUGGAAGAUGUUGUCGAAAGAGUUUUCAUCGAGAAAUUCUAUGCUGAUACGAAUCAGGGAUUCAUGUUGAUUCGAGGAGAAAAUGUUGAAUUGGCUGGAGAAAUUGAUGAGAAUGUGAAUACCGGAUUAACUGAGGUAAGCAUUUUUGAUGACUUUUAAACUACCACGUCAUAUCUUUCAGAUCUCCCUCGAAGAAUAUCAAAGACUAGAAGAAGACUACCUGGCGAAAAAUCCAAUUCCCUCAAAACCCAGCAGAAAAUCGAUCAAAUCAACAGAAGAUGAUCAUGAAUAA